AUCCUGGACGGUCAAAACAUACCACACGUAUCCACCACCGUUCGGUUGCCAAGGGUAACCGGAAAUAACAACCAAUUUCAGCUGAUCCAACAGGAGCUAUUUAGACAACCCGACAGGGGAAAGUUUUCAGCUCCCUCAUGCCGCCGGGUGCUUGCGGAACUCGGUUGUAUUCCUCACAGUACUUGAGCGAUGUGGAGCACAUGGUUUUUCGAAGCGCUCUACGAAAGCCGAUUGUGUCGAGCUUUAUUGUGUUGAAGCAUGCAAUUAUAUCCUUGUUGCAUGGUGACCGCAUUUUGCCGGUAUGCAAAACAGAAAAAAAAGGAUGUUCUGCUACGUUCGGUCGGUAUUGUCAGUGUGGCUGAACCGUUGGAACCGUGCAGAGCGCGGGCGGGAAAUAGUUAGCAAUUCGACCAGGCUGGAAGAUGUUUGAUUGCCGAGACUUAAUGUGCGUACGACACUGCAAUAGAACCAUUUUUUCAUACGACGUCUUAGUCCAAUGUCCCAUUUGCUGCAAAACUUUGGGCGAAAGUCUAGACGAAACACCAUUCACGUUGCCGUGUCCAUUUGUCCGGGCAUAUCAACAUCCCUGUUCGAUUGUCCUUCGACCGUCUGUGGGAGAUUUUUUGAGCUCAUUUCAAAAUCAAAAUAAUCUACACAUUGGAGUAACAUCGUCCAAUGGAACGAUCUAUGAGUUCGACGUUAAAGGUUUAGUUAAAACACCAUUCAAUAAUAGGACCGUGGCCUUGAAAGACGAAAGCUGGGACCAAUGUCUUGUAAUUGCUCAUGUACCCGAAUCGUGGUACGACCGAUGGGACGAGGUGUUGGAACAGAUUUCAACUGAUCAGUCGUGGAGCGAAGAGAUGUACGAGAAAGACUCCCACAACUGCUACACAUUUGUAUUAGGCUUUCUGAAAGCACUGGAGUACGGAGAAUUUUCGGCGCUUUGUCAUGACAAAUUAUUGUUCAGUGAGAAGAUCGUGGCUUCCAAGACACAAAAUGCUGCUAAGUACAUCACCAUCCAUCGCAAGCUUCAAGGGUGCAAUUAUUUCACCGAAGAACAGGAAUGAGAAACUAUGGACUGAUAGUAGUAACAAGAAACUGACUGUGAUCCGUAAGCCGUAUUUCUAUGUGAAGCUAUCCGAAGCUUCAUAUUAUAUUUUGUAAUAAAAGUGAUUUGACUGUAACAGCUCAA